AGAAAUACAACUUAGCAACGGCGCCAUUUUGUCUGCGGAGCGGAAAGGUGCGGAACUGGAAUUCUUAAAAUCGCCACGAGCAGCCAGGGAAUGGAUGCCCCCUAUGAUGGAGCAGAGAUAACACUGGUUACAGAAGAAAUUGAAGGCUGUUACAGUUGCACAAAAAACUUUCCACCCAAAAAGAAAAAAAAAUGGAAAGAACAAAGUGAGGAUGGGGGUAAAAAAGGCAAAAAGCCCAGGCCAGCAUAUUUACUAUACUAUUAUGAUACUCAUUUAAAAGUGCAACAAGACUUUCCGAAUUUGCCCCGGUCUGAGAUAAACAAGAAAAUCAGUGAAAGCUGGAGGCGGCUCAGCGUUGCUGAAAAGGGUAUUUACCUUGAAAAGGCAAAGCUGGAAAAAGAAGGAAUAGAUCCGAGUGAUAAUCUAACCAGUGCAUCAACUGGUGUCCCUCCAGCUGAUAUUCCAGGAUUCCGCAAAAUUCUUCCUCGUUCCAGUUAUAUUAUAAUUCCCACUUCUAAUUUAUCUGGAGAUGGAAAUGGUCAGCAGCUGGCACAGUCUCCCACACAGAGGGGAGGUGAAGGCAAUGCCACCUGGCAGACUCUUACCCAUGACACUAUACAAAGCCUCUUUACAGUUAGUAGCACACUUACAGACUCUGGCCAUAUUGAUAGUACCGAGGAGAGCAUCGCUAUUGAUGGAAUUACCGAUGAAGCUUUCAUUCACACCGAAACAAUGCAGGAGAUUGUUACAUCGGAGAUGCUGUCUCAAUUUUCCAAUUCAGGAGAUGAUAAAGUGGCAGGAGAACUGGCCACAAAUGAGACUUCUUUAGAAUUAACUCAUCCUUAUGACUCCCCUUGUGUUGUCAUUGAAGGAACCUUGAUAGGUACAGGCAGUGAUGCCUCAGAAAGUGUUGCCAGCUGCACCAACCAGCAAACUAUGGAGCCUAAUUCUGUGAUAGCAGUUUUGUCAAAUCAGAGUAAGCCAACAGGAAGUCUCACUUCUCCUCAUAAAGCUCUAGGACAGGCUGUUGGCAUUGAUAACAAACAGGACUUGGGAGAAAAUGUUCCAGCAUCGACCACCCAGUUCCUAAUGUUACCACUGACAAGCAAGCAAUCAACAGCUCCAGCAAAAAAGUCUAUCUUUGCCCAGAAGACAACCUAUACACGAAGAGGCCGUGGCAGUUGUCCAAAUCCAAACUGUUUAUUUACCUAUGUCACAAGGCACAAGCCCCCACAGUGUCCAAAUUGUGGAAAAUGGCUGGGGGGGAAAUGGAUUCCAAAGGGCAAGGAAUUGCAGGUACUAAAUGUACGUGUGGAAUGUAACCAAGAGAAGGAAAGCAAGGUAUAUUGUAAGGAAACAGCAGAUUUGUCUUUCGGCACAAAGGACACAGCCCAGUCCAGUUUGGAAAGUUCACAGGCAGUAAAUCAGCUUCUAAGUGUAGCUUCAGAAGAUCAAAGGGAGGAGGAACAACAACCAAUGCAAACUAAUUGGCAGCAAACUAUACAUGUUGGACCCAAUGAGCCAACUACAGCGCCCACAGUGCAAACAGAGGAACGGGUCCUUCCGGUACAGCUUUGCAAUGCAGCAUUGACUGGUGAGCAUACAGUGGAAGUACAAUCUGAAGGUGCCAUAAAGGAACCAGAGGUUCUAAACCACCAAACAUCAGAAGCUACUAGCAGCACUAUCAGUGGCUCCCAUGGAGUUAACUGUACAAAACCAGGAUCAAGUAUUUCUAGACAAGGUUUACAAGUGCGACAAAGAAACAGAGCCAGAGGACGAACAAAAUCUGGCUUAAUGACUGGUGCUGCUCGGUCACGACCACGUGUUAUCCUGCCAGCAGCCCCAUCUAACGCAGCUCCACAGUCUGGGGUCACCUAUAUUCGAGUGGUCACAAUGCCCAUCAAUCAAGCAGACGCAAUAGACUCCUCUGCGUCUUCAACAAACAACAAAGCCACAGCUAGAGGUUCCUCUGCAAAGAGCUUGAUGAGUUCCCCUCCUCCAUCAGGUCUGAAACCUAGCACCUUAAAGCAACUGGGGCAUUCUGUUUUACACCCGAAUUAUGAAGAUGGAGAAGAGCAGACAGGAUUAAAUGUUGCCACGGAGAAUGGAUCACCUCAAACCAGUGCAGCUCCAGUCAAAUCUGUGUGCCUGACUCUUCCGAAAACAAACAAAGCAAGUGCCUUUGACCUAGGUUUGGCAACUUGCAGAGGUAAAGGACGAUGUAAAAAUCCCAAAUGUUCUUAUGUCUACAUGAACCGGUACAAACCAGGAAUCUGUCCAAAGUGUGGCUAUGACUUCACAAGAGACAAACAGGAUAUAAAGCCAUCAAAACCUGUUAUAAAUAGUGCACUUUCGUUGGGUCUGCUAAAUCCAGAGGAAGGGCUAACUCAAGCCUCGAAAGAUUUACAGCGCCAAACUACAUUACUGCUGCUCAGGAGGACAGUUCAGAUCCCUGAGAAUGAGGCUGAACUUCAUGAAAUUUUUAGUCUAAUUCAGGAAAUGAACAGCUCACGGUUGAUAUUGUCGACAGUAAACGAGACCAUAACACUUGAACAAAAUUCAUGGCCUAAUUACUUUGAAUCUUCAGCUACCAUCUGUGGCCUGUGUGACAGCCAGUUGUUCAAGGGUGGCCACAACUCAGUAGCUGGCCCUGAGGAAUGCUGGCUGUUGACAGAAAGCCAGUUCCAGGUGGUUAUAGUUCAGGCGAAAAUCUGCUUGAAUCCCCACUGUCUCGCGCUUCAUAACUUCAUGGACAUCAGCUCAGGUUUAUUUAAUAUUGGAAACAAGCUUUUGGUCAGUUUGGACUUGCUGUUCAAAAUAAGAAACCACAUCAAGCUUGGGGAAGAUCCAAGGGAUGUGACCACUCCCAUACUGAACUCUGUUCAAAAAUUCACAGAGAAGAUCUUGUCUGAUGAGCAGCUAAAUCAGCUUCAAGAGCUUCUGUGGAAUGGUUAUUGGGCGUUCGAGUCCCUCACCAUCCGUGACUACAAUGACAUGAUUUGUGGGAUCUGUGGAGUAGCACCUAAGCUGGAGGUAGCACAGAGAAGCCCUGAGAAUAUUCUUGCACUGAAAAAUGUUGAGUUUACAUGGCCCGAUUUUCCUACCUCAGAUGAAGUAAACGUGGAGGAUUUUUGGUCCACAAUGGAGAAUGAAGCCAUAGAACAAGCAGUAUUUCCAUCCAGUAUCCCCAUCACAAAAUUUGAUGCCUCCAUAAUUGCUCCAUUCAUUCCGCCACUCCUGAGGGCAUCUGUCGUGGUUAAUAGUGAGAAAGAUAAAAACCCUCAGCCACAGCCAGUUGCUGGAAAUCCAAGAAUGUUGGUGAGACUGUUACACGAUGAGGUUUUCAAACCAGAGGAGCUCAACUCCUACAGUGAAGCUGAACUAAAAAACUUGCUAGUGUCAUGUGACAUUCCAUUUCAUCCCAGUGACUCCAAGGAACAUCUGUCAUCUUCAUUAUUCGCUUUAUAUUCCUACGUGCUAGAUGGAUCAACUUCACAGAUUCAACCUCCAUGUGAUGUGACAGGAGGAAAAGUAUAUAAAUUGUGUCUACAUCAGGUUGUUUGUGGAUCAAAGUAUCUUGUAAGAAAAGAAUCUGCACGUGAUCAUGUUGACCUCCUGGUAUCUUCACGCUACUGGCCCCCUGUAUAUGUGGUUGACAUGGCUCCACAUGUUGCAUUAAAUGCAGAUGUGCGGUACCCUGAAAUUGCUGGACAAAUAUGGGGACAUAAACAAGGCUGUUUUUCAGAUCCGCUGGAGCCACCAAAGCAUGUAUCCUGUCCAGAGCUACUUGAUCAACAUUACACCAUGGAUGUGGCUGUAACGGAGAGCAACAUUCAACAUCCUAUAACCAAGUCUAAUGCCCGCAGAAUUGUAUACCAUGAUGCAGAUCAGAGUGCAGAAAAUAACACAACAGCAAGACACCAUUCUGCCAGUCUUUGCAGUGAACUUGAACCAUACAGCAAUCUCCUCAAAGCUAUUCCAGACAGCAAAGUGCAUGAUGUGCGGCAAAAGUCCAUCACUUUUGAAAAUGCUACUUACUAUUUUUUAUACAAUCGUUUGGUUGACUUCCUCAGCAGCAGAGACAUUGUAAACCAACAAAUCAAUGAAGUAUUGCAGAGCUGUCAACCUGGAGAGGUGGUGAUACGGGAUAGUUUGUACAGACUGGGGAUAGCGCACCUUAACACAGAGAGUGAAACUGAGGAGCUGGCAUAACAUUACUGAUCCUUAAUAUUAGUUAAGGAAAAUGAUUUGUCAAGUAAUGUAUUUAUUCACAACUUCUAUUUAAUUAAAAAUAUUGUGUGUUUGUGA